AUGGAGAAACACGUACAGAUACUCCUCAACAGGCUCUCCUUUGCCUCCAUAGCCAUAGCCACGCUGACCCUCUUGCUCCUCUACCUGCAAACCCCCGACACCUGCGUCGACCCGGCCGACCCCAACCCGAAACCCCACACCCGAUUCCCCAAAUCCACCUGCGACUUCACCCACCGCCCCUACACCUCCGUCGACAAGCGCAACCGCCGUCUCCGGUCCACCAACGCCUGGAAAACCGCCGUGGCCUCGUACGCCUCCCUCCUGAAGGUGCUCCAGGCCCGAAACCACCUCUCGAACGACUCCCGGGCUCUGGUCGUCUCCGCCGGACCGGGUCACGCUGUGCAAGCUCUGCAGGAUAUGGGCGUGGAGGACGUAACCGGGGUGGAGCUGGUGGAAUCGCCGCCGCUGGUGAGCCGGGCGGAUCCCCACAAUCUACCCUUUUUUGAUGGGAUUUUUGAUCUGGGGCUCGGGCUGUACCUGGAUCGGGCCCUUUUUCCGGGCCGGUUCGUGGGGCAAAUGGAGAGGACGGUGAGGGCUGGUGGGGUUUGCGUGGUGACUGUGGAGGAGUGCGGGCCGAACGAGGUGAAGAAGAUCGUGAGGUUGUUUAAGAAAUCAAGGUUUGUUGAUGCGGAAAAUGUGAGUUUAGCUGGGGAGAGAAGGACUAGGAUUGUUAUGAAAGUUGAGGAUAAUUCGUAA